CAUUCGUAUUCUCAGUAUCGUAGCUUGCGCACUCAUUCUUUCAACGUGUCAGAUUGAACGCGUUCGUUUGUGUGCUCGCCUCUCCUGCUGCUUCCCCAACCACCACCACCACCACCACCACCACCACUCCCUCGACAUCGCAAAAUCUUAAAACCGCUCUUGUCGAACUUGCACACUCUCGGAGACCAAUCGCAACCACCGCGCCGCCCGAGCCAGCUUGAACGACCAGAUUUCAACCAAGUGCGCCACCACUUCCCCGAACGAACUCCCCGACGCUGUCCUUGUCUGCUUCUCCAACCCACUUGGUCUGACGAUGCACGCAUCUUACCGGCCAUCUGCGGCCAGCGCGUCCGCAGUCAGCAAUCAAGAGGGCGACGCGCUCCUCGCCAAGUUUGACCCGCUGCAGUCCAUCGCGCUGGCUCGGCUCAAGCAGGCGUCCAACACGUCGGCACUCCUUGCGGGUUUCACAAUGACCUCGCUGGCUCAGAUUGCAAUUUCAGACGACAUCCCAGACUACCUGGUCACCUGCUUUGGCAUUUCCAUGGUCCUCCUGAUUGUCGUCCACCUGUUUGCGUUGAUGAUUUCCACGUUUGUGCUGCCAGAGAUUUCCGCCUUCAUUGGCCAGUCUGGAUCGCGCUCAGACACGGACAUUCUCAAGCGAUUCCACAGACACAUUACGGUUGCGUGGCUCUUGUCCACCGCACUCGGCAUUUUUCUCUUUCUGACCUCGCUUAUCACCAUUGUCUGGAUUCAAUUCUGGAACGUCCCGCAAGCGGCGAUCGCAUCCACAGCCGUCGUGCUCCCGGCACUGGCAAUGUUUCUCGUACUAGCGUGCAAGCUCUACCGCGACAUUACCUCAAUUCAGCUGGCACACCAUCGUCAAACGCUACGGGAUGCUACCGAGACUGUUUUCGGUGUGUGAGGGUUGUUUGUUUCGUUUUGUUUUGUUUGUUAUCUGUUGGUGUGAGCGAGCGCAUUGUAUAUGAAUAGAUCACUUUGUAUCAGUA